UACGCCAUCAGGUUGUGCAAUUUGUGUGUGUUCAUUUUGGCGUUGCAUCUGCUGCAUAUGUGUUUUUUGUAGUGCGUUCAGGUUGCUGCAGGCUGCAGCAUUUCAAAUUUGUGCAAUACGCAGUUCACAAUGCAAACGCUGCGAAAAUCGAAGAAGUCGCACUCGCAUUCGCAUUCGUGUGUGUGAAAAUUCAAUAAAAAGUGAGAAAAUGUGCUUGGUGGAGCAUGCGGGGAAAAAGCCUAAGCUCUCGUCCACAACAACCAACAAACAAAAGCAACAACAACGACAACAACUAACGUCGUCGUCGUCGUCUUCCUCAACUUUCUGCUCAAAUCGCAACGAUAACAACAACAACAUCAACAACACUGGCGUCCUCGAUAUAAACACGCAACAGCAACAACAACAACAACAGCAGCAACAUCAACAUUGUGACAGCACAACGACGCCCACAUUUAACGCCAAAUAUAGGCGAAAAUGUUUGCUGCUGCUGUCACUGCUAUUGUUUCACGGCUGCUUCAGCGGGUUGCAUAGCGCCAGUGCCUACAACUGCACCACAAAUCCUUGCCAGAACGAUGGCCAGUGCUUGGACGGGCAGUGCAUCUGUGCCGAUGGCUGGCAAGGACCUGCCUGCCAAUUCUGUGGCGGCAAAGUGCGGAUGUACCAUCCCAUGGGCACGAUACACGAUGGCUGGGGCAACUAUUCGGUGAGCGUAAAGUGCAGCUGGUUAAUCGAUGCCCAUCAUCCGCACUGGGGUCGCCGGCACAGUGUGAAUCCGUCGCGCGCCGCCAACAUACGCAUCCAUCUGCGCGAAUUUGCCACCGAAUGCGGCUGGGAUCAUUUGUAUAUAUACGAUGGUGACAGCGUCGAUUCACCGCUACUCGCGGUCUUCAGUGGCCUCAUGUACAGGGGCAACUUUUCGAUACGACGCGUGCCGCAGGUCAUCGCCAGAUCGGGCACUGCGCUGCUACAUUUCUUUAGCGAUGAUGCCUACAACAUGUCCGGCUUCAAUCUCACAUACAAAAUGAACGGCUGUCCAACGGAUAGCGAUGAUGUGGAGUGCUCUGGUCAUGGCACGUGCAACGAUGGCGACUGCCUCUGCGAUCCGAUGUACCGAGGAGAGGCGUGUAAUGUGGCCGCCUGUCCCAAUAACUGCACAGAGUCGCGAGGUCAUGGCAUUUGUAAGAGUGCACAGGAGCGCUGUGAAUGCAACGAGGGUUUUGGCGGCGACGAUUGUGGUCAGGUGCGGGCACACGGCGUGUGGAGUACGGUGCAUCCGAAGCAUUCGGUGGCGCCAUCGGGCAGUGCUUCACAUGGCGCCGCCGUUUGGCGCGACACCCUGCACAUCAUUGGCGGCGAGGCGUAUGGGCGUGGCGAGCUUAUGAGCACCUAUGACUUCAAUGGCAAUGUGUGGGAAACAAUGCAUCCGGAGGAUGGCAGCGCCACGCCCGACAAACGCUAUGGCGCCUCCACCGUCAUGUAUGGUGAUAAGAUAUUCAUGUAUGGCGGCGUCAUCAAAUCGAAGGGCAUCACCAAUGAGCUGUGGGCCUUUGAUGUGUCCGCCAAGACCUGGGAGAAUAUAACCGUAAAGACGGAUCCGUGUAAUAGCACACACCAUGCGAUGUGCGGUCCGUUGCAUGUGGCGGGGCAUACGGCGACAUUGGUGCCCGGAUUUGGGGACAAGAACAACUAUCAGUAUAUGGUGGUGAUAUUUGGACAUUCGCCACAAUACGGCUACCUCAACACGGUGCAAGAGUUUAACUUUGGCACACGCGAGUGGAGAAUUGUGCAGACCUACGGCUAUGUGGUCAAGGGUGGCUACGGACACAGUGCCGCCUACGAUCUGCUCACGGAGAAGCUGUACGUCUACGGUGGCAUCGUCUCGGAGAGCGAUCCCAGUCAGGUGUUGAGCUCACGUCUCUUUGCCUACGAGCCGGCGACACGCAUCUGGACACUGUUGUCGUCGGCACCAAGCGCACGGCUCCUGCACACGGCUAACUUUGUCAAUCCUGGCCUGAUGAUGGUCUUUGGCGGCAAUACCCAUAAUGAUACGGCUCAAAGCUACGGGGCCAAGUGCUACAGUCAGGAUCUGCUCAUCUACGAUGUCUAUUGUGAUUCGUGGCACAUGCACCAGAUGCCCGCUCACCUGCAGGCGGAUCUGGCACGUUUCGGCCACAGCUCUGUCGUGUUUGAGGAUGCGCUGUACAUUUAUGGUGGCUUCAAUGGCCAGCUGCUGAACGAUAUGCUGCGCUACGAUGCCGGACAGUGUAGCUACUAUACCAAGCAGGAGAAGUGCACGAGUGCCCGGCCGGGUGUCAAGUGCAUUUGGGAUGUGCAACUGAUGCGCUGCAUCAACAUAAUGCGUGUGCAACGCUCGGCGAUUUACGGACGGGAACAAUACGAUUAUGUUGCGUGUCCAUCAAAGAGUCGCAUCACAAUGACAUCGGAGCAUCUGCAUCAUGUGCAGCGCUGCCAGGAGCUAAACAAUUGCCAUUCGUGUGUCUCGACCGCCUUUGGUUGCACCUACUGUGGCAAUGGGGUGUGCAGCAAGGAACGUUGCCGUGAGACCACCUCGGUGGCAUCCAUCUUCUAUGCCGACUCCUCAACAGCAACGCAACAGGGCGGACAUCCACAGCCGCCAAUAACAGUGACGCCACCGCUGAAUGCCAAGCGACUGGAGAGUUGUCCCGCAGCCGAAGAUUACCUUGUGCAAUCCAUAUGCGAGCAGCAGCACAGCUGCCAGGCGUGCAUGUCGAAUCCGCACUGCAAAUGGGAUGUCGAACCGAAUCGCUGUCGCAGCCACAUCUCCGCCUCGGGUGCGCCCUUCAAUCGCACCAGCCACGACGACAGCCUCUGUCGUCCGAACUGUGCGUCCCAGACGAACUGUCACAAUUGCACGGAGGACGAGUGCAUCUGGUGUCAGAAUGAGCAGCGUUGCGUCGAUCGCAAUGCAUAUACGGCUAGCUUCCCCUAUGGCCAGUGUCGCGAGUGGACAACAUUCAUUUCAAAGUGCCGUUCGGCGCCAGCGAAUUCGAUUAGUGCUGGUGGCACAACGGCCCUAUCCAGUGCCCAGUGUGGCUACUACAAUAGCUGUCAGCAGUGCUUGGAUGAUCCGGCGUGCGGCUGGUGCGACAACGGCUCCAACACCGGCCUGGGCAAGUGUGUUGUUGGCGGCGCGUUGUCGCCGUACGAUCAGAGCGAGUGUGCAUUGAAGCACUGGUUCUUCACGUCGUGUCCGCGCUGCAAUUGCAACGGUCAUUCCUAUUGCAAUGAUCAGCAGCACUGCGAGCAGCCGUGCAACAAUCUGACAAUUGGCGCACACUGCGAGAAAUGCCGCACUGGGUACUGGGGCAAUGCGAUCAAUGGCGGCGAAUGCCAGCGUUGCGAGUGCAACAAUCAGGGCGACUAUUGUCAUCCGGAUACGGGCAAAUGCUAUUGCAAUACCAAGGGCAUUGUCGGGGAUCAUUGCGAGAAGUGUGACUCACAGAAUCAUUACAUUGGUGAUCCGUUGCGUGGCUCCUGCUACUACGAACUGACCAUCGACUAUCAGUUCACGUUCAAUCUGUCCAAGAAGGAGGACCGUCAUUUUACGCAAAUCAAUUUUCGCAAUUCGCCGGGUAAACCCGAUAUUGAUGCCGAUUUUACGAUCACGUGCAGUGUCCCGGCCAAAAUGGACAUAUCGGUGAAGCGUGCCGGGAUGCCGGAACGCCUCAUUUUGGUGGGCAUCAAUUGUUCGACGUUCCGACAUCGUUUCCCCAAAACCGAAUACCAGUUUGGCCAGUCCGAUGACAAUAGCUCCCUUACCACAUUCUAUGUGUUUGUGCACGACUUUCAGCCGCCCAUUUGGAUACAGAUCGCCUUCUCGCAGUAUCCCAAACUCAAUCUGCAACAGUUCUUCAUCACCUUCUCCUCGUGCUUCCUGCUGCUGCUUCUCAUGGCCGCCGUCCUGUGGAAGAUCAAACAGAAAUACGACAUGUUCCGACGUCGCCAGCGCUUGUUUGUCGAAAUGGAGCAAAUGGCGAGCAGACCAUUCUCACAGGUUCUGGUCGACAUCGAGGCGCGUGAAAUGAUUGAUCUGAGCCUGACGCUGGAAGGCAUCAGCAACAUGUCCAAGAAACGCAAGAAGGAGUGUCCCAGUCCCAUAGCUUUGGAGCCUUGCAAUGGCAAUCGAGCCGCAGUGCUAUCGCUUCUAGUCCGGCUGCCCACGGGUGGCCUUUCGCAAGCGCCUGCUGGUCAGUCAGCCGGACUGGCUGUGGCCAGUGCUUUAGUCACGCUUGGCAACCCCCGUCGCCCGUCGAUCGACCAGCAUCCGAAGGAGCCAAAGUCGAAACGCAAGCAGAGCCAACAUCCAGACAGUUGUACAUAAUAAUGAUAACCACACACACACACACGCAUUACACACACAAUAAUAAUAAUAAUAAUUAAAAAGAUAGUGAUUGUAAACAAUAGAUAAUAGAACCCUAGCAUAUUUGCUCUGAUUUUAUUUAUCUAUUUAACACACACACCACACAACAAAUGGCCAGCAGCUAGCAAGUUGAUAAUCCGCAGUUAUUACUACUUUAAUGCAAUUAGUUUAAUACCCUAAAAAGAGAGAUAUGAGAGAGAACGAUGCAAAUAAUAAUAAUAAUAAUAUUAAUUAUAAUUAUAAAAGAAAAGAUUAUUAAUAAUAACGAUAAUUUUUAGCAAAAGGACAUAUUUAUAUACGAGUUAUAUAUACAAUUUGAUAUAGUUCAUAGGUCGUGUAGCGUUGCAAAUAGUUGUAAAUGUUU